AAUGAACUGAUUUGUUAACGAACACAUGUGCUUAAGUUCUUUAUUAAAUAAUAAAACAUAAUAUUGGCGACGAUCGUAAAAUACUAAUAUGGAGCGUAAAUCAGUCAAAUUCCAAGAAUUUAAUGUAAAAUCGGAUAAUUGGGACAGUUAUAUUGACAGACUAAAAUAUUGUUUUGAGGCAAAUGGAAUCGAAAGUGAUACUGUUAAAAAGGCUAAUUUCUUUACUGUGUGUGGUGCUGAAGUGUUCGAAACUGUUCUCGCGUUAAUUACACCAACAAAAUCUAGUGAUGUGACUUUUGUUGAAAUUGAAAACAUUCUAACCAAACAUUACAGUCCGAAACCAAAUGAAAUGUCUAUGUCAUACAAAUUCUACAAACGAGAUCAGGCACAAAACGAAUUGGCUUCUGAUUAUAUUGCUACGUUACGCAAAAUUAGUUCGGGAUGCAAUUUUAUUGAUUUAGAACGAAUGCUUCGAGAUAGACUGGUGUGCGGCAUGAGCGAUCAUAAGCUUCAGUAUGAGUUGUUGAAGAGAGAACAACUUCGUUAUGAAGAUGUUCUACAUGCUAUGGUAUCAUCGGAGAGCGCCGGAAAAGAUGUGCGCAUGAUUCAAAGCACGAGCACGGACACAUUUGGUAUGACACAGGGUGAGGUAGUGACGUCACAUGCCGAGCCUAUGGAAGUGAAUGUCAUCAAUUUCAAACGUAAUUUUCGACUGUGCUAUCGCUGCGGAGACCGACACGGUGGAGAGUGUCGUUAUAUUAAUUCAAUUUGUCAUUAUUGUAAGAAAAAAGGGCAUAUUGAAAAGAUAUGUACAUCUAAGAAAAACAACAAAAGAAAGAGAAUUAACUAUACAGAUGAUGAAUUUCAAGCGCAAUUAAAUGGUAUUUACAACGUGAACACAAAUAGUCGGCGCGUACCAGCUUACGAAGUAAAGGUGUUACUAGAUGGUGUACCAGUGAUUAUGGAAGUGGACUCGGGUGCUGCCUACUCUCUUGUGAAUUUACAUACGUGGCGUCGAAUACACUCUCACAUGCCUUUGGAACCUUUGAUGAAUAAAUUAUGUACUUGGAAUAAUUCUGCAGUCAGAGUGGACGGUCAAGCCACAGUGCUAGUACAAUAUAAAGACAUUAAGUGUUCUCUUAAGGUUAUUGUGGCUCAGGGUUCGGGUCCAAAUUUGUUAGGACGUAAUUGUUUUGAAGCUUUAGGAAUAUGUGUAAAUGUAAAUACUAUUAAAGAAAUUAAUGUGACUGAGGUAAUUUUGAAUAAACAUAAUGAAGUUUUCAGAGCCGGACUCGGUACUUAUCGUGGGGAACCUGUAAAUAUUCACCUGAAACCAGGUGCAGUGCCAAGAUUUAUGAAAGCGCGUCCUGUACCGUACGCUAUCAAAGAAAGAGUUGAAAAAGAAAUCAAUCGCCUGGAAGCUGAAGGAGUACUCCGCCCUGUAACUUUUUCUGAGUGGGCUACUCCAGUUGUUCCUAUCGUAAAAAAGAAUGGAGACGUACGCCUUUGUGGAGAUUAUCGUAGUACAGUUAAUCAGGCUACAGAGUCUGAUACGUAUCCAAUGCCCACCGCAAGUGAAGUGUUUGCCACUAUCUCUGGAGGUAAUAUUUUCUCAACGUUAGAUCUUGAUCGUGCUUAUACUCAGGUGGUUGUCACAGACGACACAGCACGUCUCCUAACCUUAAACACAUGUAAAGGUCUUUACACGGUACAUCGGCUAACUUUCGGCGUCAAGACUUCCCCGGGUAUAUUCCAACGUUUAAUGACAGCAUUACUAGCUGGCAUAUCUGGUGUUGCAGUGCUAAUCGAUGACAUCAUCGUUAGUGGUAGAACAGCGCAGGAGAUGACACAAGGCUUAGAUGCAGUCCUGGAUCGCAUUGAAAAAGCGGGAUUACGACUCAAUAAAGGCAAGGAAACAAGACAUGCAGAUGGGUUGAGUCGUUGGCCACAACCUGUAUCAGAACAACCUGAAGAACAGCUUCAGGACAUAUUGCUACUGGCCGAAACACCAGACGAGUUUCCAAUAGAUGUUGCUCAAAUAGCAAAUGCUACCAAACGAAAAUGCAGAAAGAGGAAGGAAUCGGAAUUGGAUUGUGAGGCAGUGAAUGUUGAGGAACAAGAAGAUAUGGAAGACAUUUCUAGUAGUUUGGAGGAACAGGAAAUUAUAGAGAUACCGAGUCCGGAUAAAUGGGCAGAAAUGUUAGGAAUUCCUCCCGAACCAGAAUCAGGAUAUUCUGGUGUCCUCUGGUUCCUUGCACUGGCUCUUUUAGAUUCCAAGUUCAGUUCUUUGAAAUCAUCAAUGUAG